AUGGUUGCAGCAGUGAGGAUGCUGGAGGGGAACACCACUCUGAGUCUGCCCCAGGCUGCCUGGAGCAACACCAUUGACCUGAGCACUCCUAGUAGCUCCAACUCCAGCUAUGGGAGUGUGGGGCUGACGACACCUAACGCCAACUCCAGCAUCAUCAGCGUGGGAGUGAGUCCAUGGGGCACCAGUCUUGCUGUGACCUCGCUGGUCCUGUGCGGCAUGGUCGGUCUCCCUAGUAACGUUGCUGUGAUCAUCGCCAUUGUGCGUAGAAUUGUGGGCAAGAGCACAAACUCCAAAGAAGAAAAGAGAGACCGCUUCACCUUGAAACUCAUACUGACUCUGGCUGUGUGUGAUAUGCUCUCCCUCCUCACCAUCCCAGGCUUGAUCUAUGUUCUUCUCAGGGGCUGGUCUCUGGGAGAGUCGGCCUGUAAAUUUUUCACGUAUCUUGUGUACUGGACCCUCUACGCCAGUGUGCUGACUGUGACAUCCAUGAGUGUGUACUACAAUAAAAUCAUAAAGAUUCCCAACCGAAAGCUUCUGGAGAGGCUGUACGUGCGCCGUAAGCGCGUCUGGCUUGUAGGUCUUUGGGUCCUCGCGGCUCUCCUCGCCCUCCCCGUCAUCCCGUCUCGAUCCGUCGUGGACAGAAAUAGGACACUGAGGUGCCAGAGGGUUGUAGCUAGCAAGUGGCAGAAAGUAGCUGGUCUUCUGUAUGAGGUGUUGUUCGGCUAUGCCAUUCCCUUCUGCAUUCUGCUCUGUUCCUACUGCUGGCUGCAUAAUAAAGUAGACAAGGGUGUCCAGACAAAGGAGACCAAGAAGAAGCAGAAGAAGCCGAGGAUGAACAGGCUGGUGGUGAGAUUGGUGGUGGUGUUUUUUGUGUGCUGGACCCCAACACAGGUCAUAGAUAUUGUAGACAUGGUCACCACGUUGACGUCUGACAAAGACAAGUACAUGCAGAUUAAACGUGUACGGGACUUUGUCGGGGACUUUGCCAAAGCGCUCUCUUUCCUGAACUGCUGUCUGAACCCCUUCAUCUAUGCCUUUGCUUCCAAGUCUGUCUCAAUCAGAUGUCUGCACAGAGCCAGGGGAGAGCAUGGGGUGCAUUAG